CUCGGUUACAUUUGUGAGAUGACAGGAGGAAAAAACCCCAAACCUACUCCUGCGCCGACUUCCCACUGCGAACCCGGAUAUUUGCUAUACGGUGAUUUUUGCUAUCGUUUUGAGGGGGACCUGGUAGAAACAUGGCAAGAUGCAGAGACUUACUGUGUCACACAACAAGGUCACCUUGUCAGCUUUCAUUCACAGGAAGAACUCAGCUUCUUCAAUGCUCACAUGCCAGGACAAGCGUGGGUGGGACUCAAUGACAUCAAGAUUGAAAACCAGUUUGUGUACACUGAUGGAACAGCUACAGACCUCGUCCCGUGGGCUCCGAACCAGCCGGACAACUGGGAGAACAAAGAGGACUGUGUGUACCUGCGAGGCCCGAUGCACUCCCAAUCGGGAAAGCUUAAUGAUGACACCUGCGCAGUCACAAACCAAUUCAUCUGCAAGAAAGCAAAGGGUCACGGGCCUCCACCCCAGCCGCCGACAUCAGGCCCAGGCUGGAGUGAAAAAUGUGGCUCGUGGGCGGCAGACCCCUUCAACGACUUCUGCUACCAGUUCAACUAUCUGUCCCCGAGGACCUGGGCUGAGGCGCGAGCAGACUGCCUCAACCAGGGAGGAGACUUGGCCAGCAUCACCGACCCCUAUGAACAAGCCUUCGUACACGGUGUGAUCCAGGCAAGCCCGACGGGCGUCUCCCUGUGGGUGGGCGGCCACGACUCCAUCACCGAAGGCGGCUGGGAGUGGAUUGACGGAUCCCCAUUUCGAUACAUACGCUGGAGUGCAGGUAACCCAGAUGACUACUUUGGAGAAGACUGUCUUUCCGUCAUCAUUAACAACCGUUAUUGGAAUGAUGAAAACUGCGAGAACAAAAGAGGGUACAUUUGCAAGCGACGAGGAAGUACACCGGAACCCCCACUACCUGAUGAUGCUAUAUCAACAUUCGCCGUGCCUGAAAAUGACAAAAGACAAAAUAACGCUAUCACAGGAUUCAUGACGGCGAUUGCGUGCCAGGAAUCGUCUGCAGUCCUUCGCUGUCCACAAGAAAGCGUACUCAAUAUCCAGUCAGCUUUCUAUGGACGAAAGAGCGGUGAUGUCUGUUCACAUAUGGGAGGAUCAGACGGUAAGACUCAAUAAUGCACAAAGAGCUGCACGGUGGAAGAUGUCCUCCCGUACUUCAGGAAAAUAUGCGAUAACCGUCCCUUCUGCUUUGUGUAUGCCCACACCGAGGUGGACCCCUGCCCCGCAGUCUCCAAAUAACUGGAGAUCGUCUACAGCUGUGAACAGAAAGUAUGUCUCCACGGGCUGGGCGUCGAGGACGGGAACAUCACGGACGCUCAGCUUUCGGCAUCCUCCUCCAUGAGCAGCUCGACUCCUAGCAGAGCUCGUCUGAACGGAAACUCCUGCUGGCGGCCAUUAGGAAAUCCCGCCGGCAGCUGGAUUCAAGUAAACCUUGGUCAGCAAAGGAAGGUGACAGGAAUUGCGGUCCAGGGCUGUCCAAACAGUGACCACUGGGUCACCAAAUUUAAGAUGCAGCAUAGUAUUGAUGGGAGGGCCUGGACUGACUACACGGCAGACGGGCAGUUUCUGACUGGAUCAACUGACAGAAACACCCCUCAGACUCAACUGCUAGGCACGCCUGUGUCUGCUCAGUACAUUCGCAUCCUGCCACUGGAGUAUAGUGGUCAAGUGGGCCUUCGCUUUGACGUCUUAGGAUGCUCGCCUGACUAUGCAAUCACCUGCGCAAGCAAGGCCGACUUCAAAAAUGAUCAAAUGACGGUCCACUGUCCGGCAGGUUGCGCCAAAUUCAGCUACACCGUUUACGGAACAUUUCUCUAUCGAGCGGACUCGACCAUCUGUGCAGCAGCUAUCCACGCUGGUGUCAUCCUGAGUGAAGUCGGAGGAGAUUGUACUUUACUCAAAGCUGCGGGACAGAGCUUCUAUGCCGGCUCCACUAGAAAUGGGAUUAUUUCAAGACAAUACGACGGUGACUACGCUGUGUCUUACGCUUUUGCCGAUGGCGAGCUGAGAUGUUCGGCACCCGAUCGGUACCAGUUCGGGGAGUUCUGCUACAAACCUUUCGAAGACAAAAAGACAUGGGCCGAUGAUCAAGACGCUUGUAGGAGUCUCGGUGCCAAACUCGUGUCCAUCCGCUCCUUGACGGAGCAGAGCUGGCUAGAAAGUUACCUCUAUCUUGCCACUAGUGACAUGUGGACAGGAAUGAAUGACCUUGUAGUUCCUGGCAUGUUUAUAUGGUCAGAUAACCAUAUGGUGACCUUCACAUACUGGGCUCCGGGGGAACCAAACAACCACGAAGGUUUCAGUGAGGAUUGUGUAGAGAUGAUACACCAGACUGGCAGAUGGAACGACGUGUCCUGCACAGAACUCAAUAGCUUCAUGUGUAAAAUGCCCAAAGCACAUUAUGAGCUUCCGUCAAUGAAGCCCACCGUGUACGGAUGCCCACAGGGCUGGGAGGCCUACGGCUACGGUUGCUACUGGAUGGAGGAGGGGCUCCGAAGCUGGUCAGACGCCAAGGCUUUUUGUAAGGAGCGAGAUGGCUUUUUGCUGCACAUUGGAGACAUAUUCCAGCAAGCACAUUUCACGGUGGUGCUGUCGGGAAAAAAUGGUUUUUGGUGGAUAGGUCUGCACGCUAAAGGCGGUUCCGGCGGAGGAGUGCAGUAUAUGUGGGACAAUGGCUAUCUGCUCACCUUCACUCAUUGGAACAGAAACCAGCCAGAUAACGGGGUUGGCACUUGCGUGGCCAUGACGACGGGUCAGGUUGGCGGCUUCUGGGAUGACAAACAAUGCUCAGAGAAGUUUGCCUUUAUCUGCGAGAAACCCCGGCCGGACAUAACUCCUCCCAACGAGGCCCCGACCCCGCCUCCUGCACAAGGGUGCGCUGACGGUUGGACUUCUAGGCCCCAUUUCAGGAACUGUUACAGGCUCUUCCAUAAUUUGGAGUGGUCCCGGAAGAAGAGCUGGGGGGCUGCACACGAAGACUGUGUGGCAAGAGGUGCCAAUUUGGUCAGCAUUCACAGUCAGGAUGAGGAGGAUUUUCUGUCUGAACACAGCAAAGGAAACAGCAAGUGGAUUGGCCUCAGGAACAACCCCACAGAAGGAGGCUAUUCCUGGAGUGACGGCUCAGCACUCUCACACACUGACUGGGGUCCCGGCGAGCCAAACAACCACGAGGGCCGUGAGAAUUGCGUGGAGAUGGUUAGCGGCACCAAUGGAACUUACUCCUGGUGGAACGAUCUCAACUGCGACGCCCACCAGGACUGGAUAUGUAUGAUUGCCAAAGGACAAAACCCCGUCCUGCCUCCGGUGCCCCCGCCGCCAGUACCGGCUCCUGACUGUGGCAGCAACCCAGGUUGGAGAAAGAGCAACAACGUGUGCUACUACUACAAUGACACGGACAUCGUUGACUUCCACACAGCUAUGCGCCGCUGUUGGGCCGAAAAGGCCAAGCCGGUCUCAAUCCUCGACAAGGACGAACAGGCUUACGUCAACACCACGGUGGGAACAGGUCAGGUUUUUGCUGCUUGGAUCGGACUGAGGAUGUUUGGGAUCACAAAUGGACAAUACGCAUGGCAGGACCUUUCCCCAGUCACGUACACUCACUGGAGUCCGGGCGAGCCCAACAAUGCCAACGGAGAGGAACAGUGUGUUCAGAUGAACAGACAUCAAGGUGGAUGGAACGAUGUGAACUGUGGUCUGGCCACAGCUGGCUACGUCUGUAAAAAGCACCCCGGAACUGACCAAACUCCUCCACCGCCCACGCAGCCCUGGGAAGGCAACUGCCCAGCUGGAUGGAUGCACUUCAAAGAUAAAUGUUUCUUAUUCAAGGGAAAGAAAAAUGAGAUGAAAUCUAAUUGGACUUACGCCAGGAGUUGGUGCAAAGGCCACGGAGGCGAGCUAGCCGUUAUCGACAACCAGUAUGAAAACGACUUUGUGUCCAGUUAUCUGAAAGACGCGGAGCUUCCGACGUGGAUCGGCUUGUCCGAUAUUGUGACGGAGAAUCAGUAUGCCUGGAGCGAUGGUGUCAGCCCAGUUCUUUACACCAACUGGAAUGGCAAAGAGCCCAACAAUGCGGGAGGAACAGAACAUUGCGUAGCCAUGACUCACAGUGUACUCGUGAGCGGCAAGUGGAAUGAUGACGCUGGUCAUAAGGAGCACGGUUUCGUUUGCUUCAGGAAGAAAUCAAGCGAUAUCCCUCCACCUCCGCCGACAAGCAACCCCUGUCCGGCCGGCUACGUAUCCUGGUACCUCAACUGCUACAAGCUAGUGGCGGAGCCGGCGACAUGGGAUGAAGCUCAGAGGGCUUGCGAGCAACAGAGUGGCAACCUGGUUAGCAUCGACACGAGCUACGACCAGGCCUUUGUCGCUGGGGCGGUCCUACAGAGAGGAGCGGAAGUCUGGAUCGGACUAUGGAUUAAGGAUGACGGCUCCUUCGCCUGGUCAGAUGGCUGGCCAGUAUUCUUCACUCAGUGGGGCCCCGGAGAACCCGAUAACCUGAAGGACGAAGGCUGCGUUAGCAUGCGUGGCUCCCGGUUUCACGGCACUUGGAAUGACACAGAGUGCAACCAUACCAAACCUUACAUUUGCAAGAUCUCCUUCGAGAAACCGCCGGCAACUCCUGCCCCCGGUGAUGGAAAAUGCUUCCCUUUCUGGAUUCCGUACGGUCGCUAUUGUUAUUUGGUGUACAACGAGCAGAAGGGCUUUUCCUGGCCAGACUCCCGACAUUUCUGCCAAGAAGCAAAGGCUGAGCUAGCGUCCUUCCGCAGCAGAGCUGAGAUAGAGUUCAUCAAUCGUUUCAACCACAGCAAAUAUCAUCAUCUCUGGAUUGGCCUCACCAAAGACCGCAACUUUGGUUGGAGCUGGACAGAUGAGACAUCUCUGGGCUUCCUCAACUGGGCUACCGGUGAGCCCAACGCAGCUUUUCACCCAGGCCAAGCGGCCGAGGAGAACUGCGUUGAGAUGUACCCGGAGGGACGCUGGAAUGACAACGACUGCCUGCAGAAGAGAGGCUUUGUGUGUCGGCACAGACAAUACUACUCAACAGAUGAUGGCGGAAACCCAGUUUCCCCCACUGAUGGGCUGAAGGUCAACAACGGAGGCGUGAUUGCGGGCGCCGUCACCGCGGUCGUCGUCAGCCUGAUUGCCGGACUGCUUUUCUACCUGUUCGGCGUUCGAGACUACCGGUUGAGUAACUUGAGGCUCAACUUCUUUACACGCAGGAACGGUAACAUUGAUGUGCCUGCAUUCAUCAACCCAAACUUUGGAGCCAAAUUGGAUACGUAAUGCUGCGAUAGCCAUUUCCUACUUUCUAGAAUGACUCUGCACCGUCAUAUAGAAAUACAGUGGUAGCUCGACUGACAAGUGGACCACCUUCUGAAGUUGUGUUAAGAACCAAAUUUAAGAUGCGCGCCAACAUCAGAUAUGUUAGAUGGCAGCACAUUCAAAGUUUCACAGCGUAAACAGACAUAAAACAACUCAUGAA